AUGCAGCAAAAUAACACUGUCACUGAGUUUGUGUUGUUCGGAUUGACCCAGGAUCCUAAGAGGCAAAAAAUGGUGUUUUUAAUCUUCUCAGUUUUCUAUGUGGGAACCAUAGUGGGGAAUAUGCUCAUUAUUAUGACUAUCAAGUUCAGCCGGACCCUUGGGAGCCCCAUGUAUUUCUUCUUAUUUUAUUUGUCUUUGGUUGAUGCCUGCUUUUCAACAACCACAGCCCCUAGAUUACUUGUGGAUGCUCUCUCUACAAAAAAAAUCAUAUCCUACAAUGAGUGCAUGACACAAAUCUUUGCAUUGCAUUUAUUUGGCUGCAUGGAAAUUUUUGUUCUCAUCCUCAUGGCCAUUGAUCGCUAUGUGGCCAUCUGCAAACCCUUGCAUUAUCCAAUCAUCAUGCGCCGGCAGGUCUGCAUUAUCUUAAUUGUUCUUGCUUGGAUAGGGUCUUUCAUACAUUCUAUAGCUCAGAUUUUUCUGGCCUUAAGGUUGUCUUUCUGUGGACCCAAUUUGAUUAAUCAUUAUUGUUGUGAUUUGCAGCCAUUGUUAAAACUUGCCUGCAUGGACACUUACAUCAUCAAUCUGCUGGUGGUGUCUAACAGUGGAGCAAUUUGCACAAGCAGUUUUAUAAUUUUGAUGAUUUCAUACUUUGUCAUCUUGCACUCAUUGAGAAACCACAGUGCAGAAGGGAGGAAAAAAGCUCUCUCCACUUGCACUACUCACAUCAUAGUAGUCAUCUUAUUCUUUGGGCCGUGUAUAUUCAUAUAUACACGUCCCUCAACUACGUUCCCUAUAGACAAGAUAGUGGCAGUAUUUUAUACCAUUGGAACACCCUUUCUCAACCCACUCAUCUACACACUAAGAAAUGCUGAAGUAAAAAAUGCCAUGAGAAAGAUGUGGCAUAUGCAGAUUACUUCAGAAAGUAAAGGAGGAAUUAAGGGCCUGGCCUGA